AUUGGAAGGGGGAGAUGUGAGUAGCAGAGAAAGUAUCACCUACUCAGACAUACAAAUACAUCUAUAGUUAUGAAUUCAAUUGCCAUCUUCAUCCUCAUUCGAAUCCACAACGGCCAGCUCCCUCCACGUGACCUUCUCUCCUGCGCAUUCUUUGCGCUCCAACACAUUAUUGCAUAGAUUGAUAGAGUCAACAGCAAUCACGAUACAAUACACGGUCCUAUUAUGCAUUCUGUUAGCCGGUGACAGAGCAGCAGAUCUGAUGUCAACGUGUAUAUGAUCUAUGAUUCUCUCUUCCGGCUCACUGCCCAACAGUACGCCGCCUAGUUCCUAACUCCAAACUCUCAUCCUACAGUCGCCAGCUUACACCCUCACAAUGGCCAUCCCCCCUGCUACAGCGGCCUCUGCCUCUUCGCUACAAAAACGGCAGCGUCGUGAAUACCAUCACCGCCUCCAAACACCUAUGACACCAGACCUGCCUGAUUCUGCCUUCACAGACACCACCGCCGUGGAUACAUUACUCAAGCUCUCCAUUGGUGUGCUCGUCCACGACUGCGGCUUCACUCAUGCGGACCCAGUUGCGCUGGAUAGUUUUAGGAGUGCGGUUGAGGAGUACAUCCUGCAUAUCCUCUCUUACACCCGCCAAUCCAUGUCCUCCUGUCGCCGCAUGCAGCCCAUCCCCCUCGAUUUCGAACAUGCUUUCCGAAAUACCAAUAUCCAUCUCGACUCUCUGCACAAAUACCUAACACCGCCGUCCCCACAACGGGAACAACAAAUAAUACCACCCCUCCCCACCCCACCCCCCUCCGCCCCCAACCCAGCCACAGACCUCCCCUUCCUCGGCCCAGAUCUCAGCGGCACCCAACACCGCCAGCUGAGUACACAUAUCCCCAAACACUUCCCCAAUUUCCCCAGCAAGCACACCUACCAGGAGACGCCGGUGUUUACGACGCGAGAGACAGAUCCGAGGAAGAUUCGUGAGAAGGCCACAGAGGAGGGCCGCUUGGGGGAGGAGGCGUUGAGGAAGCUGGCGAGGGCUGGGAGGGAGGGAUUGCUAUUUCGAGAUGGGGCGGAUGGGAGUGGGGAUGGGGAUAGCGGGAAGAAGUUGUGGGGGAGCCGGUUGGAGAGUAUGGAGAGUAUGUUCGAGAAGGCGGUUAAGGGGGUUGUUGGUGGAGGCGGGGCGGGAGGGUUAGGGACUGAUGCUGAGUUCUCGUUGUCGUCACCGUUGAAAGUUCCUGAGAAUGGGACGCUAGAGUUGAGUCCGAUUGUGAAUUGCGACAGAGUUUAUUGGCGGAAGCAGACGAGGGCGGAUGUGCGCAAGGUUGAUAAGCGGACGAUGCAUAAUAGUAAUAAUAAAGGGGCUAGGGGCGCGUUGGUUUAGCAGAGGGAUUAGGUGGAUUCGUUCUUUUGUUCGCUUUUCGUUUUCUUCCAUCUCUAGGUUAUCGAUGCCAGGAGUUUCGGUUUGGGGGGUUUGGGUUGGGAUUUAACAUUGGGAAUGGCAUAGAAAUGGCCAUUUGCGUGUCUUACAAGGACGAUACGGCACAUGCAUCGUUCAUGAAUAUUUAUUAUACCAUCCGAGUUUAUUCGUAAUUCGUGGCGUUAUUUGUUCUUCUUGUGCUUCUCGCAAACAUUUACACGGUCAUUGCUUUCCCUCCUCUUUCUUUCCCUUCCCCUUCCUCUCCCACGUUGUAGUCUCAACCGUAAGCCCUCCCGCACAUCUGUCACGACCGAAGUCAGCUGGAAAUCCUCGUACAUAAAUAAAUAUACGAAUUAUACGAAUACGCAUAUAGUGCCAUACGAUACGCACCGCCUAAACAACCGAACCACACUCUCGCACUCUAUGACACCGCCGCCUGCAGCUCCUUGUGGCGGCCCCUUCUCCGGUGGGUUACAGGAGUACUGCACCAUCUCCAUCAGAGCGCAUUCGGAGAGGUUCACACCGGGCGGCUUUCGGGCGGUUUCCUGGAAGUUUUUUGUGGUUGUUUGGACUGCGGUGGGGAGGGCGGAGGUCGGGAAGGAAUGCGUUAGGGGAGACAUUGUGGAUUAGAUUGGAGUAGAUGGAUACGUUUGACGGGUGGGAGAGAAUAGGAGCGAUUGAUUGAUUGGCAUGAGAGUGUAAUUAGGGGGUA